AUGGCCGCAUCCGCCCUGUCCGUCUGCUCCAGCAACCUGAGCUAUGGCAGCCGCGCCUGCCUGCCCGGCUCCAGUGACUCUUGCACCGACUCCUCCUGGCAGGUGGACGACUGUCCAGAGAGCUGCUGUGAGCCCUCCUGCUGUGUCCCCAGCUGCUGCCAGCCCUCCUGCUGUGUCCCCAGCUGCUGCCAGCCCUCCUGCUGUGUCCCCAGCUGCUGCCAGCCCACCUGCUGUGUCCCCAGCUGCUGCCAGCCCACCUGCUGUGUCCCCAGCUGCUGCCAGCCCACCUGCUGUGCCCCCAGCUGCUGCCAGCCCACCUGCUGUGUCCCCACCUCCUGCCCCUGCAAGCAGGCCUGCUAUGUGCCUGUCUGCUGCAAGCCCGCUUGCUGCACACCUGUCUGCUGCAAGCCCCUGUGCUGUGUGCCCAUCUGCUCUGAGACUGGCCCCUGCACAACCUCCUCCUGCUGCCAGCCCACCUCCUGCACCUCAUCCUGCUGCAGACCCUCCUCCUGCGUGUCCCUCAUCUGCCGCCCCGUGUCCAGGCCUGCCUGCUGUGUGCCCGCCUCCUCCUGCUGUGGCCCCACCUCCUCCUGCCAGCCCAGCUGCUGCCGCCCAUCCUCCUGCAUGUCCCUGCUCUGCCGCCCCGUGUGUUCCCGCCCGGCCUGCUGUGUCCCCACCUCGGCCCAGAAGUCCUGCUGCUGA